AUGUUACCGCGAACGACAUUACCGCGAACGACAUUACCGCGAAUACAAAAAACGACAUUACCGCGAAUACAGAAAACGACAUUACAGCG